AUGGAUCCUUACACGUGCUCCCCAGGCUUUUACACACUUGACCCUCAAAAGACCACCAAGCCGCAGCUCAUUCUAGGCCCGUUCCAAGGGAAGGUGGCCUGUCAGACCAUUGCCUUCGGCAGGGGAGUGUGCGGGACGGCGGCCUCGACUCAGGCCACACAGCUGGUACCGGAUGUUGAGAAAUUCACCGGCCAUAUAGCAUGCGACGGAGACAGCAAGAGCGAGAUCGUGGUGCCUAUUGUCGUGGGCGAGGGCGAGGCUAGGAAGCUCGUGGCUAUCAUCGAUAUCGACUGCGCGGAGCCCAACGGGUUCGACGAGGUGGAUCAGCAGUAUCUGGAGAAACUGGCAGAGUUACUGGGGAGGAGCUGUGACUGGUAG